AUGCCUUUAAACGGAAUUUUAAACAACAACAAUAUUUUAAUUAAUACUUCAUUAAACAAUGGAUUUAACAAUAUUUACACUUAUUCAAAUAAAUUACUAAAUAAAUUAUUAAAAAAUUCAAGGAAUGGAGAAAUUAUUUGUUUUUGUAAUGCUAAAAUAUUCAAAAAUGGGGAAUUUUUAGAUAAACAAGUAGGUUGGGGAAUAACUAAUUUGUUUAUUAUUAGAAUAAAUUCUAAACUUAAAUUUAGUCUAUCACGAGUAAAUUGGGUAAAAGUUAAAAAUGUUAUCAAAAAGGGAAGUUUUUGUUUGGGGACAAUUUAUGUUAUUGGGGUUUUUGACAGUGAAAUUAUUUCCCACCAAUUAUUUAUUUGUAAUGGAAAAGUAAUUGAAACAACAGAAAAACCAGAUAUUUUUGUUGAUUGUGAAGGUUUAAUUUUAGCACCAGGAUUUAUUGAUAUUCAAUUAAAUGGAGCUUUUGGAAUUGAUUUUACACAAAUUUGUACAGAAAAUUAUGAAGAAAAUGAAAAAGAAAAUAUUCAAAAAAUGGAAAUUGUUAAAAAUAAAUUGUUAAAAUAUGGGGUAACAUCUUUUUGUCCAACAAUUAUUACUUCACAACAAAAAGUUUAUUUUAAUUGUCUUAAAUUAAUUGAAAAAAUGAAAACAUUAAAUAAUGAGAGAUUAUCUGCACAAAUAAUUGGUGCCCAUUUCGAGGGUCCUUUUAUCAAUCCAAAACGUGCAGGCUGCCAUCCAACAGAAUAUAUUAUUCCAAUAAAUAACAAUUUAGAAAUAGAUUUAUUUUAUUCUUUAAAUUCCCCUUCAAAAUUAAUUUACAAUUUGUCAAUUGUAACAUUAGCGCCAGAAUUAGAAAAUUCAGAAAAAGCAAUUAAAAUAUUAAAUAAUAAAAAUAUACGUGUUUGUAUUGGACAUUCUAAUGCUGAUAUGGAAAUUGGAGAAAAUGCUUUGAAUGCUGGGGCUACGGGAAUUACACAUUUAUUUUGUGCAAUGGCUGGGUUUCAUCAUCGUAAACCCGGCAUUAUCGAUUUACUUUUAUCAACAACAAAAACAACAAAACAAAAAUCAAAACAAAUAUAUUACGGCAUUAUAGCUGAUGGUGUACAUAUUUCAGAGACUUCAAUUCAAUUAGCUUUUUGUUUAAAUCCAAACGGGGCAAUGUUAGUGACUGAUGGAAUUUCUGCUUUAGGUUUAAAUGAAGGGAAACAUUUACUUGGAAAUAAAAUAAUUAAAGUUGAAGGACGAAAAGCUACAGUUGAUGGAACGGAUAUUUUGGCAGGAAGUGUUGCCUCCAUGAUAGAUUGUAUAAAACUUUUUUCUUCAUGUAUAGAGAAGAGACACGAAAAUCGAGGGGUUGCUUCAGCUUUAAAAGCAGCAACCUUUACUCCAGCAAAUUUUCUUGGUAUUCAACAACAAAAAGGAACUUUAAUUGCGGGAAGUGAUGCUGAUUUUGUAUUAAUAGAUGAAAGGAGAAUGGAGAUUAUUGCAACAUUUAUUGGGGGAAUUAAAUGUUUUGAUAGUGCAAAUUUAUUUAAUGGAGAAUUAAUUGAAUAA